GCGAGGUCAAGGGUCAGAAGGCGGAGGCGCGCCCAAGAUGGCGGCCUCCGUCUGCGACGUGUACGCCUUUUGCGUGGGCGUGGCGGGCCCGGCCCGGGUCGCCGUGGAAGUCCGUUACGUGAGCAGUGCUAAGGGAAAAGGGCUGUUCGCCACACAGCUAAUCCGGAAAGGAGAGACCGUCUUCGUAGAACAGCCCCUGGUGGCUGCACAGUUUCUCUGGAAUGCACUUUAUCGCUAUCGAGCCUGUGACCACUGCCUUCGGGCCCUGGAGAAGGCAGAGGAGAAUGCCCAGAGGCUGACCGGGAAACCAGGCCAGGUUCUGCCUCACCCGGAAUUGUGCACUGUGCGCAAGGACCUCCAUCAGAACUGUCCCCACUGCCAGGUGAUGUAUUGCAGUGCCGAAUGCCGGCUGGCAGCUGCUGAGCAAUACCAUCAGGUCCUGUGCCCAGGUCCCUCCCAGGAUGACCCCCUGCACCCUCUCAAUAAGCUGCAGGAGGCAUGGAGGAGUGUUCACUAUCCCCCUGAGACUGCAAGCAUCAUGUUGAUGGCCCGGAUGGUGGCCACAGUGAAGCAGGCUAAGGAUAAGGAUCGUUGGAUCAGGCUCUUCUCCCAGUUCUGUAAUAAAACAGCCAAUGAGGAGGAUGAAAUUGUCCACAAACUCCUUGGGGACAAAUUCAAGGGCCAGCUGGAACUUCUACGGACACUCUUCACAGAGGCCCUUUAUGAGGAAGCACUCAGCCAGUGGUUCACUCCAGAUGGAUUCCGGUCUCUCUUUGCUCUUGUUGGGACCAAUGGCCAAGGAAUCGGGACCAGCUCACUGAGCCAGUGGGUCCAUGCCUGUGACGCUCUGGAGCUGAAGCCUCAGGACCGCGAGCAGCUAGAUGCCUUCAUUGACCAGCUAUACAAGGACAUCGAGGCAGCAACUGGCGAGUUUCUUAACUGUGAAGGAUCUGGCCUCUUUGUGCUUCAGAGCUGCUGCAACCACAGCUGUGUCCCCAAUGCAGAGACCUCCUUCCCAGAAAACAACUUCCUUUUGCAUGUCACCGCCUUGGAGGAUAUUAAGCCAGGAGAGGAGAUCUGUAUCAGCUACUUAGACUGCUGUCAGCGGGAGCGCAGCCGUCACAGCCGCCACAAGAUCCUCAGGGAGAACUAUCUGUUUGUCUGUUCCUGCCCCAAAUGCCUGGCAGAGGCUGAUGAACCCAAUGUGACAUCAGAGGAGGAGGAGGAUGAAGAGGAGGAGGAAGGAGAGCCAGAAGAUGCAGAGCUGGGUGAUGAGAUGACUGAUGUGUGAUGUCACCCUGCUGGAAGGGGACUUACCCCAGGCCCUGCCAGGAAGAGAUCCUUCCUCCAGAGAAGAGGCUUGGAAGGAACUCCCCAAUCCUGUUGCUUGCUUUCCCCCCAUUAUGCUAGCUCUGAUUCUGCCAGGGUGUUAGGACAGAGGCUGGACUCCAAGCCCUGGACACUGCUGCUAAGUGGCUCAGGCUCUGAGCCGUCACUGAGCCUCUCAGAACCGGCCUCCCCCCGAGGUAUUCCACUCCAGGGUAUGAGCAGCUGGAACAAGGUCAGGGCCAAGCAGUGUUUCCUCCCCUUGGCCCUGUGGCCACCCUUCCCAUCCACCUGAGGCUUCACCCCUCUCAACUUGCUGUGGAGGGGGUAACAAAGUGGCCAUCUGAGAACAGCCUAAUUUCACAGGAGGGAGAGGGAAUGAGCCUUCUUCCCCACCUCCCACCAUUGUAGCUGAGAAGGCAGCUGCCUGACCACCAGCACAGCUGGGAGAGGCAGGAAGGAGGAGCUGGGCCUCCGGAGCACCUUCCCUAAGGCUGUGUGCUGGGGAGCACCCAGCCAGGAGGAUGACCUCCCUCUGCCCACCACUGCACUCCCAGCAUUUGGACAUCUGGGGAGUGGAGAUGAGCCCCUUCCCAGACUCCAGACUCUGUACCAUGCGCCUUGCCUUUCAGGUCUGGCACAACAGCUAACCCAAGCAAGAGGCCUCUGCUUCCCUCAGAAAGGGCAUGUGGGGAUUGUCACCCCUUCCUCACUCCCUCUUCCAUUGAGGGUUCUAGCAGCAUGGCCAAGCAGGUCUGUACAUCCUUAAUUUAGGAUGCUCUAGAGUCUUACCUGGGACCAGUUUAACUUUGGUUGGCGAGGGGCUUUCCUGGCUUCAGUCUUCAUCUUUAGGGUGUCCACAGAGGAACAUUAAAGUCUUCCGGAAACCUAGAGGGGCUGAGCUAGAUAUUGGGAGAUUAGCCCUGACUGUGUGCCCCCAGAUGAGCACCACGCAUCACUCUUGGGCUGGAUGCUAUGGGAAUUAUAACCCAUCACUUGCAAUUUUUUUCUGCCUAUCUUCCCUGAGGGGCCUGCCAUAUCCCACUGCUGAGGGAUUCCCAGGAGAAGUGCCCACCCCACGGGCCCUUUCCUAUAUAUGAGCCAGUCUGGCCUAUUGAGUUCUUACUUCUUCACAACAGCCAGGACCCCUUCUAACCCCACCUGCCCACUGUUCUCAAUAAAACAUGAGUGGUGACAGGAA